UUUUCCCCUUUUCUUUUAAACUUUGUACAGGAAACAAAGAUCAGUGCAGUUUGGAAUCUGGAAAAGAAUUCUCUGGCAGGAGUGCUCUUCAGAUCCACACUGGACUUCACACAGGAGAGAAGCCGUAUUGCUGUAAUGACUGUGGUAAACAAUUUUCACAAAUGAGCAAUCUGAAGAGCCACACUAGAAUUCACACUGGAGUGAAGCGGUAUUGCUGUAAUGAAUGUGGUAAACAGUUUUCACAUAAAAUCAAUCUGAAGAGCCACACUAGAGUUCACACUGGAGAGAAGCCAUAUUGCUGUAAUGAAUGUGGUAAACAGUUUUCACGUAUAAGCAGUCUGAAGGAUCACACUAGAGUUCACACCAGAGAGAAGCCGUAUUGCUGUAAUGAAUGUGGUAAACAGUUUUCACGUAUAGGCAGUCUUCAGAGACACACUAGAGUUCACACGGGAGAGAAGCCGUAUUGCUGUAAUGAAUGUGGUAAACAGUUUUCACAAAUGAGCCAUCUUCAGAGACACACUAGAGUUCACACAGGACAGAAGCCGUAUUGCUGUAAUGAAUGUGGUAAACAGUUUUCACGUAUAAGCAAUCUUCAGAUACACACUAGAGUUCACAACAGAAUAUAAAGGGUAGCAGUUCAAAAAUCAGUCCAGAAAAACAAGCACCCUUCAGAACUCGAGAGUGAGGUUCACUCCUGUCUUGAAAAGUAAGCAUUGUUGACAAAUUAAUCUUUGAGAGACGCCAUAUUGCUGUUUGGAAUGUGGCAAACAAAUCUCUCAGAGCAGUACACUUCAGAGACGCACCAGAAUUCACACUGGAGAGAAGUACAACUGAACUGUCCUGACUAAAGAGUGAGGUUCACUCCUGCCUGGACAGUAAGCACAUGUAACUGACACAAAUCCAUCCUACUUAGUGUUGUGUCAGAAACAAAUCAACACAGAGAAGAAUCAGAAGUUUAUAUCCUUUUUCCCUUUCCAGAAACAACAUAAAGAACAGGGCGUCAUACAAACAAACGGCUUCUCACCAAAGCCCCUACAGCCUCCACCAUGUGCCUAGCUCUGUUUUCAUAACAUAUGUAUUACAUAUAGAAUUAUUUACAAUAUAUUACACACAUCUCAUAAGAAAA